CAAAUCGAUUCCAUACAGCAGUCAGCAGUGCCUAUGGCUGGGCUCCGGCAAAAACUUCCAAAGCAUUUUAAACAAAGUGAGCCAAAAAAAAUAGCAUCAUYACUGCAAAAAUGUAGCUUAAUUUGCACGUUAGGGGGAAAAAAAAAUCCCCAUCCCAUUCCAGCAAAAUAUUAAGCAUUUUACUGGAGAAGCUAGAUAACAUAAAUCUUAGUAGACAACUCGGCUGCAAGCAGUUAAACUGAAAUAAACUUCUGCCUUCUGGCUGCAGUGCGGCUUUGGGGUUUCUGUGUGACACUGCAGGCUAAACCAUGCCAGCGUUAUCAACUGGAUCUGGAAGUGACACAGGUCUGUAUGAGCUGCUGGCUGCAUUGCCAGCCCAGCUGCAGCCACAUGUGGACAACCAGGAAGACCUGACCUUCCUCUGGGAUAUGUUUGGUGAAAAAAGCCUUCAUUCACUGGUGAAGAUUCAUGAAAAACUGCAUUAUUAUGAAAAACAGAACCCGGUGCCCAUACUCCAUGGUGCAGCAGCUUUGGCAGAUGAUCUGGCUGAGGAGCUGCAGAGCAAACCACUGAGCAGUGAGAUCAGAGAGCUGUUGAAGCUUCUUGCAAAACCCAAUCUCAAGGCUUUGCUGUCUGUACAUGAUACUGUUGCUCAGAAGAACUAUGAUCCCAUCUUGCCCCCCAUGCCUGAUGAUAUUGAUGAAGAAGAAGAUUCAGUUAAAAUAAUUAGGCUCGUCAARAACCGGGAACCGUUGGGAGCUACUAUUAAAAGGGAUGAACAUACUGGUGCAAUUGUGGUGGCCAGGAUAAUGCGUGGAGGAGCUGCCGAUAGAAGUGGUCUUAUUCAUGUUGGUGAUGAACUGAGGGAAGUGAAUGGGAUUCCUGUAGAUGAUAAAAAGCCAGAAGAAAUAAUACACAUUUUGGCUCAGUCUCAAGGAGCAAUUACGUUUAAAAUUAUACCCAGUGUGAAGGAAGAAAUGCCAAUGAAGGAAGGCAAGAUGUUUAUCAGAGCCUUAUUUGACUAUGAUCCUAAUGAAGAUAAAGCAAUUCCUUGUAAAGAAGCUGGACUUGCUUUCAGAAAAGGAGAUAUCCUUCAGAUCAUGAGCCAGGAUGAUGCAACCUGGUGGCAAGCCAAACAUGAAGGUGAUGCCAAUCCCAGAGCAGGCUUGAUCCCUUCAAAGCAUUUCCAGGAGAGGAGAUUUGCACUAAGAAGACCAGAAGUACAGAUACAGCCACUGAAAAUUUCCAACAGAAAAUCAUCUGGUUUUAGAAGAAGCUUUCGUCUUAGCAGAAAAGAUAAAAAAACAAACAAGUCCAUGUAUGAGUGCAAGAAGAGUGAUCAGUAUGAUACAGCAGAUAUCCCAACSUAUGAAGAAGUUGCAAAAUAUAGACGACAACCUAACGACAAAUACAGGCUUGUUGUUUUGGUUGGCCCUGUAGGGGUUGGACUGAAUGAACUUAAACGGAAAUUGCUGAUCAGUGAUACCCAGCACUAUGGGGUAACAGUGCCACACACUACCCGACCAAGGAGAAGCCAAGAAAGUGAUGGUGUCGAAUACAUUUUUAUUUCCAAGCACUUGUUUGAGACAGACGUACAGAAUAACAAGUUUAUCGAGUAUGGCGAGUAUAAGAACAACUACUAUGGCACAAGUUUAGACUCUGUUCGAUCAGUUCUAGCUAAAAACAAAGUUUGUUUGUUGGAUGUGCAACCUCAUACAGUGAAACACUUACGGACAUAUGAGUUUAAACCAUUUGUUAUAUUUAUAAAGCCUCCAUCACUUGACCGUUUGAGAGAGACCAGAAAAAAUGCCAAGAUUAUUUCAAGUAAAGAUGACAAGGGAACUGCAAAACCCUUUACAGAAGAAGAUUUUCAUGAAAUGAUUAAAUCUGCACAUGUGAUGGAGAGCCAGUACGGCCACCUUUUUGACAAGGUGAUAGUCAACGAUGACCUCGCUACGGCUUACAGUGAGCUUAAAACAACUUUUGACAGGUUGGAGACUGAGACCUUCUGGGUUCCCGUCAGCUGGCUGCACUCAUAGUGAUGUUUUAAGCAGACAAAACCUCUGCUGUUGUAACAGAAUCUGAACCUGGGGCAUGGUUAGGCUUUACUCAAUGGCCAUUUUCUUGGGAGGAGGGAUUUUAACUCUGCUGAGCAGCAGGUAUACUCUUCAUGCACUUGGAACUGAUCUUGUUUUCCUGUGUCUUCAAUUCUCCUGCCCACAGUUUGGGGCAGAACAGUCAGAUUAAACCAGAGAUUUACUGUGCUCCAUAAAGUGAGCUAAUACUACUGUAGCAAACUGCCAAACACCUCUUUAUCAUCAUCUGUGUGUUUCCAAGGUGAACUUUUUAACAGAGUUUUGCAGAAGAUACAAAUUAAUGCUGGAGGUCAGCACUUUUUAAGCAUAACUGUUCCCAUAAAGAGCACAUCAGCACUUGGAAGUUAUUGCCCUUUAAGUGCUUGAGAGAACUGAAACAGGCAAAAGUGACCAACAUUUUUAUGAGGAAGACAUCAUAGUUUUAAUUAUGUAUCAAUUUGUUUUUACUUUUCUAGAUGURAACCUUGUGUUACCUGUACAGACUGAUUCUAGUAUUCCUUUGCAAUAACAUAAUCAUGGAAAGAAAUAUGUAUUCAGUGGCUUGUGAAACACUCAGCUGUGAGCAUGCAUGGAUUGAAAAUAUUUUCACGCAUGCUUUGUGGCACAACAAAGAAAAGUCAUGGGAAUAAGUAUUUAAAUAGGAAAAAGUGUGAGUUAGUGUGUAUAUAACUUCAAAGUCUUUGGGAUUAAACUUCUGUAAAGUCAGUGGCAAAAUGAUGUGAAUAGCAACAAAGUAGAGAAUAUUUCUUUUUAGCCCUUUAAAUUGAUUGGAAAUAUUUUUGGCACCCUUAUGACAAUUUUCCCAUCAGAAAUUUUCAAACAUUGAGGAAACCUUGGACAUCUGAAAAGCAGUUGAAAGAGAUUAAUUCUUUUUAUUGUUGAAUAUGUCAUGAUACUUUUUAGUAGUGUAACAUGUAUUUUGUCUCCACUCAAAAAUUAUUUGAUGCUGUAGAGUUCACUGUAAAAAACCUCCUUGUCACUGGUCAGACAGCUGGAAACCCCAUUUUAAGAUUUGAUGUGUCAGUGUAAGCAAAUGUAUAUUAGAGGAUGUAUUUUUAAUAUAGAUAAUUUGGUAUUUUUCUUUAUUUACUACUGAUAUGCAGGAAGUGAGUACAGAUGUAAAGACCAAGUAAGACCUGUGUGUUGUGUUGUGAAUAUGUCUUGUAAGUACAGAAUGUGUAUAGGAACUUGCUGACUUUAGAUCAUCCCAUCUGUGGCAUUCAAACAGGAAACCAUUAUUUCAUGUUAAUCUGUAAAGAGAAUGUAGCUCUCUGGUUUAAAGAAAAAAGAAUUUAGUGAAACUUUAUAUAUUUAUGAAAGGGUUGAAAAGGGAUGUUAAGUUUUUAAAUUUCUUGUCAAUGUGAUCAUUUAUUAAAGAGAUUACUAAGUCUGUAAUUUGAAACAGUCUCUGUAAAUGGAGCUCAACAUUCCAUGUAAAUAUUUUGUUUCAGUUCAUAUGCUGAUAAAGCCAUCAGAUUUUGCAGUUUUAUUCUAAAUGUGUAUUUAAUGUGUGGGCCAUUGCAUUUGGCUUAGAGUCUUAUAAAACAAAUGAAAUGCAAGAAACAACAGCAAAUAUCCCUGGGAGUCUGGGAAUGUUUAUGCAAGAGUUACAGAUGUACUAAGACCCAGUAUGGAUACAUGCUCUGCUCGAACAGCUUUACUGUAACUUCUGUCAAAUUUCACCAUUUUACUGGUGGACUUAAACUUUUUUGUWACAUAAAUAGGAAUUUGUAAUUUAAAUUAAUUGCAUAGAGAUUAUCUGAAUUAAGAAAACACUUUCUAUUUUGUUUUAAUUACUGAAAAUCAGACUAUUUUUCAGGGGAUACGGAAUUCAGCGGGUCAGUUUGCCUUUGCCUGCGAGAYGCCAAGUGCCUUCACCGUCUCUUAAAAUCAAGAGAACACUUGGCAUCUCUCAGGAACAGGUAAUUUCCAAUAGGAGAGGCUUUAGUCCUCACUAAAACACUGUUAAUACUGCUUCUAAACUGAGCUGUCUUGAAACACUGGGGUAYAGUCACGCUCACAUAAGGGACCUGCUCUUGUCUUUGUGAAGUAGAUGCUAGAAUAAUCUGCAAACUCCCUGGUAGGGAUGGUUCUGGCUGUCCUGCAGGCUGUUUUUCCUGUCCUUUUGAAAUUAAUUUAAUUCCCAUUCCUGGGUCGGUGUGGUCUAGGAGGAUCUUGUGCACAGCUUUGCUGUCCUGGGCAGCAGUAAGCAGCAUGGGGCUUUGCUGCAUUGCCAGAGACACUGACCCUCUGAGCUGUCAGUCCUGGCAGGAGUCUCCCRGACCGAUGGCUGCCUGCCCCGUCUCUGAGCCAGGAGCUAAUUCCUGAAUAGUAACACCUGCAAAAGAAAGGGAAUCUCAAAAACAUAGAUCCAACCAACGGAGUAAAACGUACACAGAGUCUUGGAGGAGUCAGAAAUUGUUUUAAUUGCAUUACUAAAUUGCUCUUGAAAAAAUCAGCAUUAUUGCAGUGUUAGCUUCAAAAGCUAAAGAUCAAAGCUGUGUCUCGUGAAGAAGCAGGCAGAGAUGACAGGAGGUCUAAGCAGAAAAAAUGUCUUCGCCCAACAGUUUCAACAGGACAGGAGCCUGCUUAUCAUGACGGAUGCUGAGCCUGUGUGCUGAACUGUUCUGGGAUACCAAGGGGAACAGGGGGGUGGAUUGUUCCUUUGACUCCUAAGAAUUUGGGAACGAAGACAACUAAAUGUGUUUCCAAUAUUCCACAUAUUCAAGUUGUGCUGUGUGGGUUUUUAGAGAAAUGUAUGUUUUGACAGUCAAGUCCAGAUGUUUUUAUUGUGUUCUAGCUGUUUGCUGUAGUCAAACAAAAGGUAGUAUUUUUAAUAUUGUACCAAACUCUAUACUUGAAUUCACAUCAGGUCCUUGGUUGAUGUCUUACCUGAAAUCUGAUCUUACCUUCUUAUGCAAAACAAUAAAUUAUUGAUAUACCA